AUGUGUAAAGUAAUCUCGAGUACAAUUUUAGUCCUGUUCAACAUCCCACUUGUGGUUAUUGGUUUAGGACUUGUGGUUUUUGGUGCUUUGAUACGAUGGAAUGAAAAACUUUUGGUUGAGCGAAUUACGCCUGCGAUUAUCGAAGAGAUAAAUGAUGAAAGUGCACGUGAAGCUGCUCAAAAAUUGGUCGAAGAAAGAAUAACUUUAUUUGCUUCUUAUGGUUUGGCAGUUUUCUUGUUUGGUUUAUUCAUUUGCGUAUUAUCGUUGUGCGGAAUAUGUGGAGUAUGCUGCAAAAGUAAAAUCUUACUUGGCUUAUAUGCAACAUUUCUUCUCGUGAUAUUUUUGGCGUUGCUUGUAUUCACCAUUGUGUUUGGAACACGUAAACAUUGGUUCCGUGAUGAGUUGGGCAUCAGUUAUAGAAGAUCACUUACCAUUGAUUAUCAUAUGGACAAUACUUUUCCAUCAAACAACGGCUUCACUACAUUUGUCAAUGAAAUUCAACAAAAGCAUAAAUGCUGUGGUUCAUUUGACUAUCGUGACUUUCAAGAUAAUGAAUCAUUUAAACGACAAAAUUUUAAGAUUCCAGCCUCUUGUUGCAAGGACGUGAAGGAUAGAGAAUGCUGGGAACGUCCAACAGCACAGAAUAGUUAUAAAGAUAUCGGCUGUUUCGAAUUUCUAUGGUCAACAGCACAACCAAGUUAUCAAAUUAUUCUUUAUGUUUUAAUUGGUCUGUUAUUACUUACGUUUACCUUUGCAGUUAUCUCCAUCUAUCUGCUUACACGAUAUUCAAGAGAGCAAAUGCAAUUAUUAUAA